UUGAAACCACGUGACCUAUGUUUACAUCCUCCUCUCAGCUGUUUCUUUCUUCGUCCACUCCGACACAACGGUUCACCGUAACUACUUCAGCUUUCCAUCCCAACUCGCUCGUUAGCUGACUAAACACGAAGUCAUUAAGUUAAAAGCCUGUCAACGUGGCUGUCACUGACUGUCGCAUUGCACGGGGCAUCCAGUUGCAAGGGCUCACUUCCUGCCUAGACAUGAGCAUUGUCUGAACCCAUAUUUAAAAAGCUCCUUCAGCCCGGCUACAUCUCCAUGCUGCUGUGAGGAGGACUAACUCAUCCUGUGAACAAGCUCAGCCCUUGUGCGUGUCGUCUGUUAUCACCAUGGGGGGAGCUGUGAGCGCCGGAGAGGACAAUGACGAUCUCAUUGACAACCUGAAGGAAGCUCAGUAUAUCCGCACAGAAAAAGUCGAGCAGGCUUUUCGGGCCAUAGACCGCGGUGACUACUAUCUGGACGGUUAUCGGGACAGUGCCUACAAAGACUUGGCGUGGAAGCAUGGCAACAUACACCUGUCCGCUCCGUGCAUAUACUCUGAGGUUAUGGAGGCCCUCAAACUGCAGCCAGGACUUUCUUUCCUUAAUCUUGGCAGUGGAACUGGCUACCUGAGCACGAUGGUUGGCCUCAUCAUAGGACCAUUUGGCGUGAACCACGGAGUUGAGCUCCACAAGGAUGUUGUUGAAUAUGCCAGACAGAAACUGGAUGACUUCAUAAAGAAUAGUGACAGCUUUGAUAAGUUUGAGUUCUGCGAACCUGUCUUUGUGGUGGGAAAUUGCCUUGAAAUCUCAACAGACAGUCACCAAUACGAUCGCAUUUAUUGUGGUGCUGGAGUUCAGAAAGACCAUGAAAAUUACAUGAAAGUGCUGCUCAAAAUUGGAGGCGUACUGGUGAUGCCUAUAGAGGACCAGCUGACCCAGAUAACCAGGACCGGACAGUGUACAUGGGAGAGCAAAAACAUCUUGGCGGUGUCCUUUGCCCCCUUGGUGCAGCAGAGCAGAGCAGAUGGAGAGAAGCCCGACACCGUGCAGCUGCCCCCGGUGACCGUCCGCAGCCUUCAGGACCUCUCCCGGAUCUACAUCCGCCGCACUCUCAGAAACCUGGCCAGCGAGGACAGUCAGGGGAAGGGGGUGGUGCAGAGAGUCCCCCAAAAGCGCAAGCGCAGGCGUUGCCGGCGACGACGCAUCAACACCUACGUUUUCGUAGGCAACCAACUCAUCCCCCAAAUGGUGGAGAGUGAGGAGGAGGAACACGCCGAGGAAGAGCACAAGGAAGUGGAGGAGGAGGAGGAAAGGGACAUUGGCGACAUCGAAAUCCUCAAGCAAGUGAACGUAUUGAGAGAACAAAUCAUGGCUCUGCCGCUGCCUGAGUCAUUGAAAGCAUAUUUGCUGUAUUACAGAGAGAAAUGACUGAGUCACUGGAUGUCCGCUCUUAAUGGGCACAGCACCUGCUGAGAUGAUUUUUCUUCACCCUUUUUCAGUGCAAAUGUAGCAUUAUUAUCACUUAAUCUUGAUGGCAACACUGUAUUGAAAAGAGAUGUCAUAGAUAAUAUUGGAUAAUAAUGUUAUGAUUGUCAUAGGUGUUAGUUUUUAUUGCUGAUUUGUAUUUGUAGAUAUGUAUAUAUUUCUAUAUACAUACAUACAUACAUAUAUGCAUAUAUAUAUAUGUAUGUAUGUAUAAAAGAAAAAAAGUCUACUAAAUGGUCAGUUUCAGAAACCAAUUUUGAGAUUCAGAUUUUAUCGCAAUGUCAGGAUUUCUGCAGAAAUGUGCAGAUAACAAAUUGUAUAAAACUAUAUUUGUUAAGAUUUGAUCAUGCUAGAAUGAAGACUUUUACUGCACCUUUUUUUAGAAGCUUUAACCUUCUGUCAGUGUCUGGUUUAAUCACGCUGAAAGCAGCAAAAGACACUGAAAAGGCAAACAAGGACACGUUCUCCCAUUUUGAGUUAAAGAGUAAGAGGUUCUUGCAAAAUCUGAAAUGGAGCACUUACCUUAUGUUAUUACUAGGUUAAUGUAUUUUAUACCUUCCUGUACCAAAAUAUAACUGAAAAGACUAGAUUGGUUCACAUGUUUUUCUACAGGGCACCUUUUAGUGUGACAUUUUCUAUGGGCUGCUUACAUCAUUGUGGUUUCUUGCCAUUAGUAGAAAUGUUUUUGAUAGAUGUAAGCCCUCUUCUCUUUGUGUUUGUUAACCAUUAUGGAUGCAUACAGAUGAUAACAUCAGAGGGUUAAUGUAGUGACAAGAUGGAGGACAAAUGCUUCAAGGUGUUCAUAUUUUCAGAUUUUUGAAAACGAAUUGACGAUGGAGAGAUGUUGGUCAAUGCAUGAUUAUAUUGUACAUGUUUUGGGUUUCCUGAUUUUGCUUUGUAUCUUCCGUAUUGGUCCCUGGAGGAGCUGUCCUGAGUGAUCAAGUUUGGAAGUGUUUCUAUAAAUAAAAAAAAGAAAAAUGGAAAAAAAAAGAUUUAAAGAUGAUUAAUCAGUUAGAUGGCCUUGAGACAAAUGUUGAGUUCUGUAUAGUACUGUUGUUUCUGGGUUUUUCUUCUUCUUUUUAUCCAGAACAAUGCAAAACCAUAUUCAGAUUUGAGGAUUUGGACGCCUUUUGUAUCCUGGACUAUGGUUGUGUCCAACAAAGCACCUUAAUCUACAGUCCUCAAGUUGAAAAAAAAAAAAAGAACAUCAAGGUGCCAUUUUUCUGGCUUAUAUUGUGGAUUGGACCCGUGUUGAUGUAAGCCCAGCAUAAGUAGAACAUGUUUGCAGAAUUGCCCUGAGAGUGACGGCUUUUAAGUGCCAACAUGCCCCAUCACAUCAGGAAUUCUGUAAUCUUCCUGGCACAAGGCAGGGGAGGGGGGGGGGGGGGUGAUUUAAAAAAAAAAAAGAAAACAUUCCACAGUGAAAAAGAAAAAUGGCAGAGCACUGAUAUUCACAGGUUUUCUUCAUGGUUUACAGUCCCACGGUAGGAGAAUUUCCUUUAACUUGCUUUGAAUGCAUAAUUCAGCAUUCAGGACGCUGGGUGGAAUGUGGUUGAUAUCUUGAUUCUAUCCAAUGUAUAGUGAUAUAUAGAGUGUGUACUGUUAUAUGAUUUUGCAUACAGUUUAAUUAGCGGUUUAUUUGUUGUAGAGCCCUCUUGCUGUACUGUAUCUUGACACUGGGAACUCUGUAGAUCAAAACACCACUGCUGUCUGUUACAUAGAUGAAAUGUAUUAGUACUAGAUCCUCAUUUUGUUCCGAUGUCAUGGAAAAGUCUGUGUGACAACAAGGCUGAGUAUUCUAUUUGUUGAUUUUGUGAGCGAGGGGGUAAAACUCUAUUUUCUGUAUCUUUCUUUGUUUUGUUUUUUUCACAGUAUUUGCAGAGCUUUGAAAGUAAGCAAUAAUGGAAUAAUUUCUCAGAUACAAACGACUAAUGAAAACAUAACAGUCCCAUUUGAUUUGCAUAGUAUAAGUUCAAAUCCACAUGACCAAUUACAGCCAUACAGCAGUUUAUACACCUAAAAUAUAGUUACGAAUUAGAGAGCGCAUUGAGUACUGAAAGCAGCGGACCGACAGGCUCAACUCUCAGGUCGCGCCUUCACCAAAGUUAUUGCAACUGUUGUGAUUUUUUUUGUUUAAUGUGGAUGGGAUUGGGAUAGAUAAAUGGCACCUAAUAUAAACCAAGCUGUAAUCUACUCUGUGCUCUUACUUGGCAUUUUUUCUUUUUGUUUAGAGCCAAACAGUCCUUUUGCUGUUCGUCAGGCCUAGGUUAAAUUCCGUAGUGUGUGCAGUUCAUUUUGAAAAUGUAUUGUUUCACCAUUAAUGUGUGGCACAAAAAUAAAGGUCACAAUCACAGCUUGUGUGUUCAAAUCACUAACUUUUCUUCCCCGACAGAAUGGAUGUUUUUCCUCUUACUGGA